AUGCUUCACUUCCGCAUGUGGGAGCACAGGAACGAUGCACUACACGGUGCAAAACCAACCCCCACCCAACUCUCCCACCUCUCCACCCUCCGACAGGAAAUCCUGAAAGAGUACUCCAAAGGUGAUGCCACAUUACCUCCCACCGACCGCUGGCGCCUCGAUCUUGACUACAGAGAAAUCAACCUCAACCUGUCACUCCCAAAAACCCUUCGCUGGCUCGAAACCAUCAAACUGGCUAGGGCUGCCCAUGGACGACUGCGCACAACCUACCAACGCCGCACACAACAACAACUUCAACGAUCAAUGCACACCUACCUCCAAACUGGCCGAACCACUACAAAUGAGUAA